AUGUCCUCUCGCGGACCACAGCCAAUCUCAAGAAAUUUACAUGUCGUCCUCAAAAACCACAAGGGCGCUGUCAAUGUUGCUCGAUAUGCGAAGGGGUCAGCGAAAUACAUUUUGACUGGUGGCCAGGACAGAACAGUCCGCCUUUGGAAUGCGGCGUCGGGCGCAGAGAUCAAGACCUUUGCGGCUCAUGGGUAUGAAGUCCUUUCUGUAACUGUUGCUCAUGACAAUGCCAAGUUUGGUUCUUCAGGAGGAGACCGUUCAGUCUUCAUUUGGGACGUCGCGACUGGAACCACAAUCCGCCGAUUGUCAGGACACAUGGGCAAGAUUCAUGCAGUCGAGUUCAAUGAAGACGCAAGCGUCAUCGCCAGUGGUUCGUAUGAUUCAACCGUCCGUCUCUGGGACCUCAGGGCCCAAUCUCGGCAAGCUAUUCAAACCCUGGAGGAGGCGCGUGACACCAUCCAAACGCUACAUGUUGGGCCAACUUUCGUCAUAGCGGGCUCUGUCGACGGUCACGUUCGAACAUAUGAUCUUCGCAAGGGGGAAUUGCGCUCCGACUUCUUAGGACAUCCGGUGACGUCUGUGGUACCAACCCAAGACGCGACAACCUACCUUGUUACAACGCUCGAUAACCAUGUUCGCCUCAUGGACAUGGGGACGGGGAAGAUGCUGAACGACUUUUCCGGACAUUCGAACGAAUCAUAUCGAUGUCGUGCCUGUUUUGGAUAUGGCGAGGCAACUGUCCUCUGUGGAGAUGAGAAGGGCCUAAUUUGGGCUUGGGAUCUACUCGAUGCCAAAGUCAUGCCGCCAAAUCCACCACCGAAAGCUCAUCACAAAGUCGUUACAUGGACGGAACAUCACCCUAUCGAUAUGAGCGAGUAUGUUACUGCAAGCGCUGACGGGACCGUCAAAGUCUGGAAGGCGCCGUCGACGGAUUCAACUGAAUAG